AUGGCGUCCAAGCUCUUCAAAGGAAUGGCUCUCGCAGGCCUCGCCUCCGCUGUCGCGGCCUGCUCAACUGAGUCGGACGUGACGGUGACUUUCUACGGAUUUCCCGACAAUGAUCCGCCCAGUGCAGACAUCGCCUAUGACUGUGGCCGUGGAAACUCGGCGGGUGGAACUGGAACCUACAGCGACCCACUGACCUUCGCCUCCGCGUCCGGCGAAUUCAAGCAGUGCGAGAUUAUCUACCUCCCCUACCUGCGCAAGUACUUGCGCUACGAGGACGAGUGUGCCCAAUGCACCACUGAUUACAAGUCCGGCAAACUGCACAUCGACAUCUGGACCGGCGCCAACUCCAACGGCGGCAACGCCCAGAUCAACUGCGAGGAUAACUUGACUCCCGACUCCCAGACGGUCGUCCGCAGCCCGGCAAGCUCGUACACCGUUAACUCGGAUGCGCUGUUCGCCAAGGGCAAGUGCUACACCUCCAACACCUACAGUGGCGCUGAAGCAUCGAGCUACUGCUCCUCUUCUGGGUCUGACAGCAGCUCCGGGUCCAACUCCAGCUCCAGCUCAGGGGCAAAGUCGAGCUCCGGCUCGUCGUUCUCUUCGUGCUCGUGGGCGGGCCAUUGUGCCGGUGCCACCUGCUCCACUGAGGAUGAUUGCUCGGAUGACCUUACUUGCCAGAGCGGCAAGUGCGCGUAA